GGCUGUGGAUAGAAGAAAAAGUGAAGUGGGUCAUUGUCUUAUCCUGUCCUGACUGUAGAGAGAGGUGAAGAAAGGAAGUUGGGAGUUGGGCAGAGCUAAAACCCAAAACAUUAACUCUAAAGUUUCGCCACCAACAUGGCAACAGUGGUGGUGCUACAGCAGCAACCGCACCCUUCUUUCUCCAUCCUCACUUCUUCUCUCUCUGACUUCAAUGGCGCCAGACUCCACAACAAUAUUCCAUGGCAUCACUCUCCCCUGCCGAAAGCGGCACUUCAAGUUACAGCAUCAAGACUCCUUGUCAAAGAUGGUCAUCAGACCAAGGCUUUUGCAGUUCCAAGGAGGAAUGCAAUGGCAUUGAUCUUGUCAAGUUAUAUCUUCUCAGAAUUUGCUUACCGCAACGCUGCAUUUGCUCAAUCAUCUAUUGGAUUCAGGGAAUACAUAGAUACCUUUGAUGGUUAUACCUUCAAGUAUCCUCAAAACUGGAUUCAAGUUCGAGGUGCUGGAGCUGACAUAUUCUUCAGGGAUCCUUAUGUUCUUGAUGAAAAUGUUUCUGUGGAAAUGUCAUCACCAUCAUCCUCCAGGUACAAGACUGUUGAAGACUUGGGUCCACCAGAAGAAGCUGGAAAGAAAGUACUUAAGCAGUAUCUUACAGAGUUUAUGUCUACAAGACUUGGCGUCAGGCGUGAAUCCAGCAUUCUUUCCACAACUUCGAGAGUUGCUGAUGAUGGGAAGCUUUAUUAUGAAGUGGAGGUAAACAUAAAGUCAUAUGCAAACAACAAUGAGUUGGCUGUGAUGCCACAAGAUCGACCCAUUAAUUUGGAAUGGAACCGGCGUUAUCUUUCAGUUCUGGGAGUUGAGAACAACCGGUUAUAUGAGUUGAGAUUACAAACACCAGAAAAUGUAUUUGUAGAAGAGGAAAGUGAUCUUCGCCAGGUUAUAGACUCCUUCAGAGUAAACAAGGUGGCUGCUUGAUCAAUUUAGAUACACCCCCACAUUUUGUGAUUCAAAUCAAGAGUCUUUCCAAUGAUAAUUCUUUGCUUAGAGGACUUGAAACUGUAUUUCCAGUAGCAUUAAUAGCUUUUCCAGUUUGGGAAAUCAUAAUAAGGCAAUGAGUGCUUUCCUUUGAUCA